UCUUUCUGUGUCAAAAUAUCCUUGGAAAAUGGGGAGAAAGAAGAAGAAGCCGAUGAGACCUUGGUGUUGGUACUGUAACAGGAGUUUUGAAGAUGAAAAAGUCUUAAUAUUUCACCAGAAAACCAAGCAUUUUAAGUGCCACAUUUGUUACAAGAAGCUAUACACAGGUCCAGGAUUAGUAAUACAUUGCAUGCAGGUUCAUAAAGAGAAUAUAGAUAAAGUUCCUAAUGCACUACCUCACAGACAAGAUACUGAAGUGGAGAUCUAUGGAAUGGAAGGUAUUCCAGAGAAGGAUUUAAUAGAACACCAAAGACAACUAGCACAACAAGCCAGCAAGCAAGCAGGUGGUGGUGGAGGGGGUGGGGGAGGAUCAGGUGGUAGUGGUGAUAAACCUGGUCCCAGUAGCCAGCCCCAGGUAGGAACAACGCCAGCCUCGGGACCAGCAGGGAUACCAGCCAUGCCAGGUAUGCCAGGAAUGCCCGGUAUGCCUGGUAUGCCAGGUAUGCCACCCAGGGGAGCGUUGAAUAUACCUGGUAUACCGGAGAUGCCCCCGCCUCCGAUGCCACCGGCAGGGUUCCCUGCUAUCCCCCCUCUACCGGGGAUGCCCCCCUUUGUUCCGCCUGGAAUGCCAAUGAGAUUUCCUGGGUCACCGAUGCUUCCAAGGCAUCCAUCUAGAAUGCCGAUGCCACCCAUGCCUCCACAGUCCAUGAUGCCCAUGGUUGCGGGCCAACCUGGUGCUCAAGUCCCCAUGCCCGUCUCAGCAGCAGCGAGGAUGCCUACAUCGACCGCCAUGCCAUCAAUACCUCCCAUGCAGGCAACGUCGGCUGCAGCCACACCUUCAACUCGUCCUCCGCCUCCAGCCCCGCCAGCUGCAAAGCCUCUUUUCCCCAGUGCUGCUGCAACGGCUACAUCAGCAGCGAAUUCACCUGGUCCUAGUGCUGUCUCCAAGCCUGACAUCGUAGCUCCUCCCAUGGCACCCUCCAAACCAACAUUCCCAGCGGCAGCUGCAGCAUCUGCCCCGCCAAAACCAGCUACAUCAUCGGUUGCUGCAUCCGCACCACCAUCAACAUCAUCGUCCUCAACGUCAUCAUCACAGCCACCUGACCCUAAGCCGCCUGCUUCAAGGUCAGGCAGCAGUAAGAGCAAGGCCAGCACUAUCAACACAAGUUCAAAUAGUAAUAUAAUACAUCCUGAUGAUGAGAGGUCAUUGGAAGAGAUGCGAGCUUGUGAAGAGAAGUACAAGAAAAUCACACCUGUGGUUCCAACAUUGCCACCCCCGCCACAACCCCCUACGCUCCCCUCGUCAAUAGCCCCUCCGUCUUCUGCACCCCAGCAGCCACCCCAAGGACCACCCCAGGGUCCACCCCAGUCAAGCAUGGGUGGUAGCAUGCCAAUGCAUCCCUCCAUGAGGCCUCCAAUGCCCCCUAUGGGUCAUCAAGGCCCAAUGGGUAUGCCUCCACAGCGAAUGAUGCAAAUGGACCAAAGGGGUGGUGGUAUGCCUCCAAACAUGCCACAGUUCAUGCCGUCAGGCCCGUAUCCAGGUAUGCCCGGAAUGGGUAUGAACGGUGGACCAGGCAUGCAGGGGGGACGCCCACCUAACAUGCCUCCCAACAUGCACCCCGGUAUGCCCCCUCAUAUGAUGCCUGGUCGAGGAGGAGGAGGCGGUCAGAUGUAUUGAGGAGGAUAUGCAUCAACGGUCAGAAGAGCCACCAGGGAAUCCAGAGGCCAUCUUGAGAAGGUUGGACUUAAAAUGUACAUAGUUUGGUUAUUGUAAUUCCAGAUUUAACCGUCACUUCUCUGUGCCCGUAAUUUGUCCUCUUUUUGAUGUGCACCCAGAACCGCCAUGUGACAAUCGGUUGGUAGAUGAUGAUAUCGACACCAAGAGAUUCUGCUGUGAUUUCAUCUGCUAUAUUCACUCUGACUAGACAUUGUUGAACAUCUCUGUAAUUCAGGUUUGAGCUAAACUAUGUAUUAUUGAUAUUCGAAUCAUCAUCAGCUUGUGAUGGGCUUCGUGCAAAACAGGUUUGAAAUGUAAUUUCUAAGAUCUCUUGUCGGACUAUGAGGUACUACAAGAUUUCAGGUUUGUCAGAUAUGCAUAAUGUAUUAAACUUUAAAAUAUUCUUAAAAGGGUUCAUUUCAGUAGAAGAGAAGGUCUUUGCUGGCCAAACCUCUGUACCAAAGUUGAUUGUACAACAUUUGCGGCAUGACAUAUAUACAUGUACAUGAAGACAUAAUACCUUGAAAGACUGAACUUCAAAAAAAUUUUGGAUGCUGAAGUUCAUUAUCAAAAUCUUUUAGAUCAGGAAGUCAGAAUUUGGCUGUGUACGAAAAAGCAUUGCUUUACCUAUUUCAAUGAGUUUUGUCAAAUAUCUUACUCCUCACACAAAAAUUGAAAUUCAUCAGAGUUUGUAAAGUAGGUAGAAUUCAAUCUGAAUAAUAUUUUGAUUCAAUAUUGGUUUGUAUGCUGAUCCACCUUGCAUUAUACAUCAUGCUAAAAAAAUGAAAUGCCUAAUAUGUUUAUUUCUAUUCAAUUUUAAGUUGGAAUUUACUUUGAUUUGUUAUUACUCAACAAUUGAGUCUGCAUUAUGCGAUGUUCAUUCAAUGGUAAGGCUGGUAAGGCAAUUAUCACUCAGAAUUUUUUAUAAGAAGAAUCAGUUAAUGAAAGGAUUUGUUAUAAAUCUAUAGUGUGAUGAAGUAAAAUUCCAUUUUAUUGUAAUAGAGUUUCUUAAAUAUUCAUUUCAAAUGCAAGUAAUGGCAGGUGAGGUAGGCUUAUGCCUGGGUCUUUUUUUAAACCAACACUUACCUAUUGUGUACUUAGUUUUAAUAGUAAUCUGCACCUAAGGUCUCUCUACCAUGAGUAAGUACAUGAUUUGAAAUAUUUUGAGAUUGUCCAUUAUCAGUGUCUAAAUUAAUGAUAUUUAAAGGUCAAGUCCACCUCAGAAAAAUGUUGAUUUGAAUCAAUAAAGAAAAAUCAGACAAGCACAAU